AUGACAGGUACCAUCAUCGAAUGUCUGAAAUAUGCCACCACUGGUGACCUUCCUCCGAACAGCAAAGGCGGCGCCUUUAUCCAUGACCCUAAAUUAUGUGGCGAAAAGGAAGUUCUUGCCCAGGUGAAGCUCUCUUUCAAUGGCACCUCCGGCGCAAAGAUGGUUGCUACACGUAGUUUGCAGCUUACGGUCAAGAAAACCACGAGGCAACAAAAGACACUGGAAGGACAAUUGGUGAUGGUGAAGAAUGGCGAGCGUGCAUCCAUUUCUUCACGGGUGGCAGAGCUGGACCAAAUAAUGCCUCAGUACCUGGGUGUUUCCAAGGCAGUCUUGGAUUCGGUCAUUUUUUGUCACCAGGACGAGAGCUUGUGGCCGAUGAGUGAGCCGUCCGUACUCAAAAAAAGGUUCGACGAGAUUUUUGAAGCCAUGAAGUAUACCAAGGCCAUCGACAACAUCAAAGCAUUGCGAAAGAAGCAAAAUGAGGAGCUGGCCAAGUUCAAAAUUAUGGAACAGCAUGCCAAAGAAGACAAAGACAAGGCCGAUCGAGCAGAAAAGCGAUCAGUCAAGCUGCAAGAUGAAAUCGAGGCUCUGCGAGAGGAGACUCAUCAAAUGUCCAAAGAGAUGCGCCGGGUUGCCGAUCUAGCUGACAAGGCCUGGAAGGAAUCCGAAAGCUACGCCCAGAUCCUUGGUGCGCUAGAAGGAAAACGAAUCGAAGCCAAGAGUAUCGAAACGACGAUUGAGAACCUAAAACAUCACCUCGUCGAGCUUGAUGACUCCGAUGAAUGGCUUGAGUCCACAUUGGAGCAAUUCGAGACCAAGCAGAUCGAGUACCAGCAACAGGAAGAAGUCCAAAAAGAGACCUACAUGGACCUCAAAGAACGGAUCGAGCAAACCAGGCACCGGUUGGGCUUGAAACAGGCCGAAAAUGGCAAGUUUGAAAACGACAAGGCCAAUUUCGAGCGACAGCUGCAAAGGCGCCAGAAUAUGAUCACCGAUAUCGCCCGUGGGAAUAAUCUUCGUGGUGUUGAUGGCAACAUGGACCAAGCUGAUGUCGAUGCAUUCAUGCAAAGGAUCCGUCGUUUCCUGCGGGAUCAAAAUCAGGCUCUUGAACGUGUCAAGCGAGAGGCUCAAAAAGAGCUUCGCGAAGUUCAAGAAACACUCAAUGAGAUUGGACAGAGGAAAUCCGCCCUCCAGGAAAGCAAGAACGCCGCGAAGAGACAAAUCGCAGCAAAUGACUGCGAGUCGGCAGCAUAUCAGAGAAAGCUCAAUGAAAUCGAUGUCGACGAGGGAAUCCAGUCCUCUCUAGAGGCCAAAAUCGAGGACAUCACCUCGAGCCUUGAGCAUGCCAAAGAACGGGCGCAGAAUUCAUCCUGGGAUACGAAAAUUCAAGACAUCAAUGCUCAGAUCCAGCGCCUCGAAGACGAUAGUCUUAAAUUGAAUAGCGAGCUUAUAGAAUCUUCGAAGAAAGCAAAGGAACUGGCGCAGCUGGAAUAUCUCAAAAAGGAUGCGAAGGAAAAAGAACGAAGCCUGCAGACAAUGAGGGGAGCCCAUGGAGACCGUCUUGCGAAAUGUGUUGGCUCAGAUUGGCAACCCCAAACGCUAGAGCACGACUUCCAGCAUGUGCUUGAUGUUGAAACGAAGGGCUUGACCGACGCGGAACGUGGGCGCGAUGGUGUGAGCCGGGAGCUAGAACAGGUCGAGUUCAGGCUGAAAAAUGCCAAGAAGAGCCUGAAACAACGCAAGAAGGAACUUGAUGAAUGUGUCAAAGAGAUUCGCGAGGCGAUCGAAGCAGAGCCCUCGGAAUAUCCAGAUACUGUCAAGGAACGACAAGCACAAUAUGAUCUCGCUCGCAAGGAUGCGGAUCAAUUCGCCGGUAUGGGUGAAUACCUCAACAGAUGCCUCGAGGCAGCUAGACAGGUCAAGAUGUGCCGCACUUGCCAGCGCCCAUUCAAGAGCGAAGCUGAGCUCCAGAACUUUACCAAGAAAAUGGAGGCACUAGUCAAGAAGGCCGGUAUAGACGCCGAAGACGAGUCACUGAAAUGUCUAGAGGAGGCGCUCAAAACUGCACGGGAAGCCAGUGCAGCGUACGAUUCAUGGAUUCGUCUCAAGGAGACCGAUAUCCCGGAAUUAGAAAAGGAGGAGGAGGAAUGCGAAUCGCAGCGAGAUCAGCUACUUGAUAGGCUCGAAGCCCACGAUCGAACAGUCAGCGAGAAAUCAGAAAGCAAGCGAGAUGUCGAAGCAUUGUCCAAGACAGUCAGCACAAUCGUAAAAUAUGAUGCUGAAAUCAAAUCCAGCAUGUCCAAUAUCGAGGAGCUUUCGACAAAACAACAAGGUGUCUCUACAGGUCGCUCUUCGGAUGAUAUCCAAGAUGAACUCAAGAGUGCCAAUGACAAAUCCCGCGAGCUGAAAAAGGCGCUCGCAAAACUCACCAGUGACAAGGAGCAGACACAAGCUGAAAUGAACAAGCUGGAGCUCCAACUCAGGGAUGUGAGAGAUAGCCUCAACAAUGCCAAAUUUCAACUGGAGAAGAAGGCCGAUCUGCUCGUCCGGAUGGAGGGAUACAAAAAACUCAAUUCUCAACAGCGAGAGAUCAUCGACCAGGCAGAUAAGGAUAUCGAAAGUCUGUCGCCAGAACUGCUGCAGGCUCAAACCCGCUACGAAGAUAUUAGCCAACGAGCUGACGCACGCGAACGAGGUUUGCAGCAUGAGAUCAACCGUGUUUCGGAAAGUAUUCACCAACUCGAUCUUGCGAAUGAUGACAUCAAUUCGUAUAAUGAACGAGGUGGUCCAACUCAACUCGAGCAGAGCAAGCGAGAGCUUGUCCAGAUUGAAGAAGAGAUCAGCAAGCUUGAGGCUGAGCAAAAUGAGAUCACACGCGAGAUAAACAAGAUUUCUGCCCAAUUGAAGGAUAGCGAGAACACGAAACGCCAGUACUCGGAUAAUCUUACUUACCGCAAGGCGAAUCGGUCUUUGCGCAAGGUCUUAGCCGAGGUCAAGCAACUUGAGGAACAAAAUGCUGAAGUCGACCGCAGUCGCUUCAAACAGGAGUCGGAGCGUUGGACCCGCGAACAUAAUGCACUUGCUGCCAAACAGGCCAGCAAGAUGGGCGAAAUGAAGUCUAAGGAUGACCAAUUGAUGCAACUUCUGGCAGACUGGAAUACAGAUUACAAAGAUGCGGCUUCCAAAUACAAAGAAUCUCAUAUCAAGGUGGAAACCACAAAGGCUGCAGUGGAAGAUCUCGCCCGCUAUGGAGGAGCCCUUGACAAGGCAAUCAUGCGAUACCAUGGCUUGAAGAUGGAGGAAAUCAAUUCAAUUAUCGGGGAACUCUGGCAAAAGACGUACCGCGGAACUGAUGUCGACACGAUCCUCAUUCGAUCUGACAACGAGAACGCCAAAGGCAAUCGCUCAUACAAUUACCGCGUUUGCAUGGUCAAAUCGGGUGCAGAAAUGGACAUGCGAGGACGUUGCAGCGCUGGUCAGAAAGUACUGGCCAGUAUCAUCAUUCGCCUUGCGUUAGCGGAAUGCUUCGGUGUCAACUGUGGUUUGAUCGCUCUUGACGAACCUACCACGAAUUUGGAUCGUGAUAACAUUCGAUCGCUUGCCGAGUCGCUGCAUGACAUCAUUCGCGCUCGCCAGCAGCAGUCUAACUUCCAGUUGAUCGUCAUUACCCACGACGAGGAAUUUUUGCGCCAUAUGCAAUGCGGAGAUUUCAGUGACUACUAUUAUCGUGUGUCUCGGAACGAAAGACAAAAGUCGAUCAUUGAGAGACAGUCGAUUGCAGAGGUCAUGUAA